CUUUAAAAAAUGUGAGUUUGUUAAUUUGUAUCAGACUGAACUUCGCUUCCUCAAAAUUACCUUUUCAACAUGGAAGGUAGAGCACGGUGCAGGGUGUGGCAAAUUAUAGCAGCCACAGUGCUCAUGUGUUCUUUAGCCUCAUGUUUAAUUUAUUUUAGCUUGCAAAGAAUAUCUAAAGUAGGUAAACAAGAUGAGGACAUUGUUGAAGGUAAUGCCUUAGAAGUAAAGAGAGGAAGUAUUUUCUUUAAAGAAAAAGAGCUCGACUACCAGUCAGAUUCUGCUGCUGCUACAGAAAAUGCCUUAACACAACCUGAUCAUGAAGUGGUAGAUGACAUGGCCAAUGCAGCAUGGGGACUACUGAAUGCUAAACUUCAGUGUGGCAGUAAUGAGUUUAAAUUUAAAGCCAUGGGACCUGGUGCUGCAGAUAUUCAACUGGAAAUGGAAAAUGGAAAGCGUUUACCUCUAAUCCAGGUUCCCAAAGAGUGUGGAUUCUCAGUGAAACAAACUGCCUUGGGACUUCUUGUCACUGUUUCUUAUGAUGGCUGCAGUGUUAAACAGGAGAAUGGGACCUACACUUUGUUGAUGAAAUGGAGAGAAGAUGACGUCAAGAUUACCUGCACCCCAUUGGAAACCCCUGAUGAAACCCCAUCUACUUCUGAGUCUUCAACACAGCCUCAAGAAACUGCUUCGUCACUCAUGCCACAGCGUUUACACCGCUCUAAACGGCAUCUCAGAUGGCCUCCCGUGUUUUACCCUUGCUCUCCACACAGGCGUUCCCACCUGUGCAUGUUCACUCCUCCACCAGCUAC